GUCAGAGAGGAGAGAGGAGGACGACCUGCGUUAGAGAGGAGAGAGGAGGAAGACCUGCGUUAGAGAGGAGGAAACUGUGCGGAGUCCACACGCACACGCGCGCACGCACGCACGCACACAGACAGACAGACAGACAUGGUGAAGAUCAGUUUUCAGCCUGUCGCGGGACAGAAAGUGGAGAAGGAGAAUGAUGGCGACAAGACUGAAAUCCUCAUCCCACAUCCACUGGAUGAGGAGGAGCUGGUCCUGCCGCUGCGUCCCAGGAAGCCUCUCCUGAACGGCCUGUGCUGCCUGACGUUCGGUCUGGUUGUGUUCAUGGCUGGUCUGGUCCUCGCCUCCAUUUAUGUCUACCGCUACUACUUUAUACCCCACAUCCCAGAGGAGAACCUGUUCCACUGCAGGGUUCUGUAUGAAGACCCCGUGUAUGCUCCACUGCGAGGGCGUCAGGAGCUGGAGGAGAACGUCGGCAUCUACCUGUCAGACAACUACGAGAAGAUCACUGUGCCUGUGCCUCACUUUGGAGGCAACGACCCUGCAGACAUCAUCCAUGACUUCCACAGAGGACUGACGGCCUAUCAUGACAUUGCUCUGGACAAGUGCUACGUGAUCGAGCUCAACACCACCAUCGUGAUGCCUCCACGUAACCUGUGGGAGCUUCUUAUCAAUGUCAAGAAGGGAACGUACUUGCCUCAGACUUACAUCAUCCAUGAAGACAUGGUGGUGACUGGCAGAGUGCAUAACAUGCGUCAGCUGGGACCCUUCAUCUACCGCCUGUGCAGCGGCAAGGACACGUACCGGCUGAGCCACCGGGUGACGCGCAGGCGCAUCAACAAGCGCGAGACCAAGGACUGCCGCCACAUCCGUCACUUUGAGAACACGUUUGUGGUGGAGACGGUGAUCUGUGACGAAGCGUGAGCGUCUGCGGUGGAUCAGGUCACGUCGUCGUGAAUCACUUUCCCUCCCUGUUUGUUUUUUUUAUUGAGGUCAUAUUUACACUGACUCAACUGUUGGUUCAUCACAGGAUUUUCCAUGUAGCAAAGAUAAUGAAUUACCAGUUGAAGACGUGUUCUCUUGCUCUGUAGGGAGUGUUCUGUUGGUGACUGUUGCUGUGAGAGGCCACUGUUGUGUUUCUCCUCUCUGACCCUGGAGGUUUGCAAACAGCAUGCAGCCUUGAUCUCCCUCCUCCUUUGUUCUCCCUCCUCCUCUCAGUCAUGUAACCCGUUGCUUGCCUUGCGUCUUCGUUCUCUUGCCUGUUGCUUCUUUGCAAUUUUUUACAGUUUGGUCAUUUCCUUUCCAAGCCUCAUCACAUCCUGUCGUAGAGCUGCACAGGGCAUUAGACCAUUAGACCAUUAGACCAUUAGACCGUUUAUUUUAGAUCGUCUCAUCUUAUUGAUUUAUUGUGAUUUUUUUUGCAAAACAUUGGACGUGUUUUUCUUGCAUGUGUUAAACCUACAAGGCAGAAAAGUGAACAGUUAGAAUCAUUUGUUAACCGAUGUUUAAAGCCUUAGUCCAGAGAGUGGACUAAAGUCACUACUCCUGAAAGGAAGCAUAUAAUACAUGUUAGUUCAACUAAACCCACUCUGAUCUGUGUAUUUUGUCUGUUGAUGAGAUGUGUGAAUAAAGUAGUGUCACAUGUA